AUGGACUCGGCCGGAGCCUGGAUCUUCCUCCUCAGCCUCGGGGCGGUGGGCGGUCAGAACAUCAGCGCCCGCAUCGGGGAGCCGCUGUUGCUCAACUGUAAGGGGGCGCCCCGCAAACCCCCCCAGCAGCUGGAGUGGAAACUGAACACGGGCCGGACGGAAGCGUGGAAAGUGGUGGCGGGCCAGGGCGGCCCCCUGGACAGCGUGGCCCGCGUCCUGCCCAACGGUUCCCUCUUGCUGCCCUCCGUCGGGAUUGAGGACGAGGGCAUCUUCCGGUGCCGGGCCGUCAACCGGGCCGGCCGGGAGACCAAGUCCAACUACCGCGUCCGGGUCUACCAAAUUCCCAGGAAGCCAGAGAUCUUAGAUCCUGCCUCGGAGCUCACGGCUGGCAUCUCCAGCAAGGUGGGGACGUGCGUGGUGGACGGCGGGUACCCGGCGGGCGCCGUGUGCUGGCACUUGAACGGGAAGGUCCUGACGCCCGAUGGGAAAGGGACGUCCGUGCGGGAGGAGACGAGGCGAGACCCAGAGACGGGCCUGUACAGAGUGGAGUCGACCCUGACGGUUGUCCCGGCCCGGGGAGGCCCCCCGCGCCUUGCCUUCUCCUGCAGCUACGUCCCGCUCCCGGGCCACGGCCGGGCCCUCCACUCGGGGUCGCCCAUCCGGCCCAGUGUCUGGGGUGAGGCUGGGGGGCGAGCGGGGGGGAGCGGAGGCGGAGGCGAGUGGAGGUCGGAGCCCCUCCAGGAGGUGCGGCUGACGAUGCGGCCGGAGGGGGGGAGCGUGGGGGCCGGGGAGGACGUGACCUUGACCUGCGAGGCCCCCGCCCGCCCCCCGCCUCGUCUCCACUGGCUCAAAGACGGCUCCCCGCUGGAAGCACCCCCGGGCCCGGUGCUCCUGCUAGCUGCCGUGGGGCCCGAGCAGGCCGGAACCUACACCUGCGUGGCCACGGGCCGGGACCAGAACCAAAGGGAGAGCAGCGUCGGCCUCAGCGUCCGCCUCACGGGUUCGGUGGGGGGCCGGACCCUGCAGACCCUCGCCCUGGUGCUGGGGGUGCUGGGGGCCCUGGGGGCCAUGGCCCUGGUGGCGGGGAUCGUCUUGUGGAGGAGGCGGCGCCGCCAGCUGGGCGAGGAGAGGAAGCCCCCCGAGAGCCAGGAGGAGGAGGAGAGGGCCGAGCUCAACCAACCGGAGUCCGAGGAGGCCGAGAGUAGCCCGGGCCAGUGAGGCGGGAGAAGGGAGGGUAUCUUCCUCCCGCCCCGCCACGAUACACGAACCGCCCCGUCUUCCUCAUAACCGGGCCUGCUGUCACAGCCGCCCUCGCCUCAGCACACACGAGACAUCCACGGCUCCCUGCCCCCUCUCAGCCGGGGGUCCCGGUCUCUCCCUUGGAGACCUCCGCCCACCCAAUCCAGCCUCCCGCCUCUGGAGGCUCCAGUAAACGUCU